AUGGCCCAGGCCGAAUCUUCAGCGAGCGCUGCUCGAAAUGCCCUCAAAGCCAACACCGCUGGGGCUCCUCCAGACUACGAGCUGCCUUGGGUUGAAAAGUAUCGCCCGGUAUUCUUAGACGAUGUUGUCGGCAAUACAGAAACCGUCGAGCGGUUAAAGAUCAUCGCUAAGGACGGAAAUAUGCCUCACGUUAUCAUCUCGGGAAUGCCUGGUAUCGGAAAGACGACUUCAAUUUUGUGUCUGGCACGGCAAUUACUGGGCGACGCAUACAAGGAGGCUGUCUUGGAGUUGAAUGCUAGUGAUGAGAGAGGUAUUGAUGUUGUCCGGAAUCGUAUUAAAGGAUUUGCUCAAAAAAAGGUGACAUUGCCUCCUGGUCGCCACAAGCUUGUCAUCUUGGAUGAAGCAGACAGUAUGACAUCUGGUGCGCAGCAAGCCCUACGACGGACGAUGGAAAUUUAUUCAUCCACGACACGAUUUGCUUUUGCGUGCAACCAAUCGAACAAGAUCAUUGAACCAAUUCAAUCUCGAUGCGCCAUUCUUCGCUACGCACGCUUGACAGACGCACAGAUAGUGAAGCGGUUGAAACAGGUUUGCGAUGCGGAAAAGGUAGAACAUACCGAAGAUGGACUGGCGGCGCUAGUAUUUAGCGCAGAGGGUGAUAUGCGACAAGCCCUCAAUAACCUGCAAAGUACUUGGUCCGGAUUUGGCUUGGUCAGCGGAGACAACGUUUUCCGUGUGGUCGAUAGCCCUCAUCCAAUCAAGGUCCAAGCGAUGAUCAAAGCCUGCUGGGAAGGAAAGAUUGAUGCUGCUCUAGAAACUUUGAAUGAGCUAUGGGAUUUGGGAUACUCGUCUCAUGAUAUAAUCAGCACAAUGUUCAAGGUAACCAAGACGAUCCCAACAUUGUCUGAGCAUUCGAAAUUAGAGUUCAUCCGCGAGAUUGGUUUUACGCAUAUGCGCAUUCUGGAUGGAGUGCAGUCGCUUCUCCAGUUGAGCGGUUGUGUUUCGAAGCUCUGCAAAAUCAACAUGAAACCACAACUGUUUGAGCCACCAAAGGCCUAA